GCGCGCGCCUGGUCUCGGCUUGGCGCUUCGGCCCCGUUUCGGCUGCCAGGAUGUCCCGGCCCGUCAGAAACAGGAAGGUGGUCGAUUAUUCACAGUUUCAAGAAUCUGAUGAUGCUGAUGAAGAUUACGGAAGAGAUUCAGCCCCUCCAGCCAAGAAAAUCCGGUCAUCACCCCGAGAAGCUAAGAAUAAAAGGCGGUCUGGAAAGAAUUCUCAGGAAGAUAGUGAGGACUCAGAAGAAAAAGAUGUGAAGGCCAAGAAGGACGAUUCACACUCCCCAGACGAGGAUUUUGGCAGCGAAGGCGAUGACUUGGGAGCCGAUGACGGCAAGGCCGACAGCGACUACGAGUGCUCCCAAAAGAGCAAAAAAGGGAAAAAGGCCAAACCCGAAAAGAAUAAGCGAGCCUCCAAAUCCAGGAAAAGGGCUGCAGAGGACAGCGAAGAUGAAAAAGAGGAUCACAAAAAUGUGCGCCAACAACGGCAGGCAGCGUCCAAAGCGGCUUCUAAACAGCGGGAGAUGCUCUUGGAGGAUGUCGGCAGUGAAGAGGAAGAACAAGAAGAGGAAGAGGCACCAUUCCAGGAGAAAGAUUCCGGCAGCGAUGAAGACUUCCUAAUGGAAGAUGAUGACGAUAGUGACUAUGGCAGUUCAAAAAAGAAAAAUAAAAAGAUGGUGAAGAAGUCCAAACCCGAGAGGAAAGAAAAGAAAAUGCCCAAGCCCAGGCUAAAGGCUACAGUGACCCCAAGCCCGGUGAAAGGCAAAGGAAAGGUGGGUCGCCCAACAGCUUCAAAGGCAUCAAAGGAAAAGACUCCCUCCCCCAAAGAAGAGGAUGAGGAGCCGGAAAGCCCCCCAGAAAAGAAAAAGUCUGCCAGCCCUCCACCAGAGAAGUCAGGAGAUGAAGGGUCUGAAGACGACGCUCAGUCUGGGGAAGAUUAAAGGCGACGGUUUGGGGAGAUUUUAUUAAAAAAAAAAAAGAGGAAAAAAAAGAAACAUACUUAGGGGUAGAACAUGGUUUGGGCUAUGGCUUGACUCAUGGGCUUUGAAUGCUUAACUUUCAGCUGUUGACAUACAGAAUCCUUUUGAGAAAAAAAAACCAAACAGUACACAACACCGUAAUGGUUUCGAAGUUACCUCUCAUCUAUUGGCAGUUCUUUGUGCCCUCCUGUACUCAAUUGAAAGCCAUGACAAAGUAUCCAGUGAAUUGACUGCUUAACUUUAUUUUGUGAGGGGAUACUGCAGUCGCGAAGCAAUAAGAUUUGAAACACUAUUGAUUCUAUUGGGGAAGGUUUUUGUUUUUGUUUUUUCUUACAAAAACCCAUCAAGUGGAAUAGGAGACUGGAAGGCUUCCUAUUCAAAAUUUUUUUCCCCUAUCUGAGUUUUUUUUAAGGGAAAAAAAUCACUAUCAGCCAACCCAGAUGUGUUUUAUAUAUUUUAAGUAAUGAUUAUGAACCUAAUUUAAUGGACCAGGAAGAAGAUAUAUGUGAAUUCUAAAUAAGGUCCUAAAUUUCCAGUUGUCUUUUUGGCCUUCUCUGGAAAAAUGGGGUUGCAGGCCUCAUUUUGAGUUUUACUUCACUCCUGGUGAUCUCCACCCGAUAUAGAACUGAAGUCCUUUUUCCCUGCUCUGAUCCUUAUGGAGGGGGUUACGGUCCCAUCUAGAAAAAGAGCAGGAGGCCACCAAAACCUGCCCAAGUUACUGGUGUCUAAUCCAUGAUCUCUUGUGGUUCAUAUUUUUUUUAAAAAAAAUAUAUAUAUAUAGAAGCAUCCAUUCUUUUUCCCGGUUGGAUGAAAUUUUGCCGAGGAUCAAGAGAAAUUUGAAAAUUACCAAACCAACAGCAAAGACUGCUGUACCACAUUGUGGGGCCGGGGGAGGUGAGGGGUGGUAUUUCUUCUCAAACUGACAAUGUUUAGGUUUUAAGUAAAUAAAGUACCAGUUAAUGUGAAACUCAAUCACAGAGAGUUGGGCUUUUCCUUUAUAAAUGCAUAAAAAAAAAAUGGAAUUUUCUAAUGCCAUAAAUGUGCGCUCAGAUCCCAUGAGUCAUGCAUUGGUUUAAUUCAUAAGGUAUUUCGGGAGUAGAUGGUUUUUCUCCCCCCACCCUCUCGUCCUUUCAUUUCACCCUAGAAAUGUGGUGUUAAGUGCAUCUCUCAAAUUCCUGCUGCAGUAUGGGACACUGACUCCUCACCUGCCCCAAACGGGACAUUGUUUCUUUUGCUUCAUUACCUUUCUUCCCCCCUCCCCACAGAUUCUCUCCAGCCUACCUCCGCUGGGGUUAUACUGCUUUGGCUGCUCCCACACUGCUCAAUUUUUUCCUCGCUUCUGAUCGGGCCUCUGCCUGCUGUCCGCAAGCUGGUGCCGAUUCAGUGAAACAGGAGUUUUGGAGGUUCAGUGGGAGGAGUGACCCUCCCUAAUAAAAACAGGAGGCGCCCCACAAACUGCAGUCCACUCAGAAGGGAUGCGUGCUGUUGAUUUUAUCUUUUCCAUGCGUUUUGGACGCAGCCAUACUUCUCUGAUUAAACCUUCUUUAAAAAGUCACAAUCAUAGGUUUGAUCCUUCAAGCCCCUUGACCCUACAGGCUUACUGGGGUUAGAUGCUGGGAGUUUGUGUGUUGGCAAAUUUGAGAAUGAGGAACUGGACUCUUCUUUUUUCCCCAUCCCCUCCUUUUCUCUGGGUUCCAUUCUCAAGCGUCCUCCUCUGCUAACUGCCUUUCUUUCAUCUGUUGAAACAUUUGUAUUACUCUAUAUUCACAUUUUUCUCAAUGCAAAAGGCUCUGCCAAGGUGGUUGGGGUACCGUUUGAUUUGAUUGAAACGCCACCCGUGUUUGCAUUAGAUGCCCUCUGUGGUUGUUGAGAACAAGAGAAGGGAAUUCUUAGAACUGAGCCCAAUUCAAUUCACGGAACAUAACCCCAGAUAACAGCUGGUAAACUGUCUUUAAAUGAUGGUUCAAGUCACAGCUCUGAGCUUUAUGAAGAGGGUGGCCUUGGUGGGUUGGUGCAAGUUAAAGUCCUUCCAUUCUUAACAACCUUGCUUGUGUCACUGCAGUAAAAGACCUAUCAGUGUUUCCUUGCAAACCUCUAUUUUUAGGGGUUUAGAAACUUGGCUGUACAAUUUCAGCCUGGGUUUAGAAUGAGGCUUCCUGGGAUCUGAUUCAGAAACAGAUAGAUCUUCUGUAACCCUUCUUUUCUCUCCAUUAAUGGAAUGCUGAAAGAAAAAUAGGUUUUUGGCAUUGUUAGGAUCAUCCUUUGUACAUUUCCUCCGUCAUUUUCCAGUAAGCUUUGGGGAUCUUUGUAAUCGUAGACAUUCGGCUACUGUGCUGUGGAAACCUCUUUUAUUUUCUUAACCAACACACUCGGCCACAUAAACAUCUCUAGUAGUAUGGGAUGUCAUCCACCCCUAAAUAAAACCGGGGGAGCUAUUCUUGUCUACUGGGUUACUUGUACACAUUUAGGUUGUGCGUGUUUAACUAUAUAAGUGUUUGCCCAUUAGACUGGAAAAGCUGAAAGUAUUUUUCUUUGUACAUUUCUGAUAGACUGGAAAAAAAUAAAAUAAGUAUGUAUUUCUCCUCACGGAGCAGAUGGGCUCUGAAGGAUCUGUGUUUUCUCCACAGAAGUGUUGAAUUUUUUUUUUUUUUUUUUGGUUUUUUGGGUUUGUUUUCAGCUAAAUGAGGCCCCAAAAUUACCCUGCCAAAAAUGUUCAUGCAAAGAACGGGACCGUUGGGAUGCAAGACUGGAAACUUUGAAAAUUCAGUGUUGAGGCAUGAUACUUCGACCGCGGCUUGGGUUGUAAGCCAGUAGUGGCUGUUGCUCUUCUCAUUUGCUCCUCUGCACAGGCCCAGGUUUUGAGGGGUAUUAAAGCUCACUUGCCUUUAUUGCUGCCCUUGUUGAGGGCGAGUUAGGGAGAUAGUAAACUCUGUAGAUGCUCACUUGUCUCAGAACCCAAGCCCUACUCCCCAGGUAGACUCAGUUUUAUGCUUAAUAAGUCGCCAUUCGCGAUGGUUUCUCCAGCCCACAGGCACUUAGGUUCUAGUUAUGAGCACCAUUUGCAUCCAGGGUGCGGGAACACUGCUGCUCGCGUUCCACCAAAUGGAGGAAAAGGAAAGCCUGUACCGUGGGCUGCUCUUUUUUAAGAGGAGAUGGACUCUCAGUCUGGAUUUAGUCCUAAACGUAUCCGAUUCUGCUCUCGGAACAUCCCCGUUUAUCUCCAAAUCCAGUUCGGACAUUUGAUUCCCCGUAAGGAAACCAGAUGUUGCUCCUUUUGUUGCGGAUGGGCUGAGGAGAUGGUUUGGGUUUGAUCUCGAGGAGUGAGCAUCUUUGAAAUUCCCGUGAAGCACCAGGGCACGGUUGACCCAUUUGUCUGCGGAUUCAGUUCGCUCACCAGAUGUCUUCCCUUCCUCAGCCGUGCAUUCUCGCAAAUUGUGUGCAUGUAGAGACCUUUGGUGCGUUUUUCCCGACAGCCGAUUACAAGAAACACGAGGGGUUCUAGGCAAAUAAAGCGUUUGACAUGCCGCAAGAUCCAUUGGCUACUGCUGAAUGUGACACACAUUUUUCAUUUUAAGGAAAGAUCAUGUUUUUUCUUGAUUUAUUUUUUUUUAAAUGAGCGUUAAAGUAACAUGACUCGGAACCCUGUCGUUUUUUACUCGCUUCAAUUUAGCUGGGCUAGGUUUGGGAGUAUUUUUGUUGGUGAGCAGAAUUUAGCACUAGAAGCAGUUGGGGAGGUUUUUCCUAACGGCUGUGCUACUUUAAACGAUCGUGUGCUUGAGCAAUCUAUUGUGUUAGCAAAGAAGUAAGGGGGGGAAAAAGGCGUCUGUAUUUCUAUACAGAGUGUUGCUGUUGUCAGAAGUGAAUGUAAAGUUGUCAUUCUUUUUGAGCAUGCUCAUUGUCUGCUUCUUCACGAGGCUGCUUUAGGAAAUGAAGGACUGUUUCAUGCAGAGGUUUGGGAAGUGAGAAACCUAACUCUUUUCUCCCUACGAGUCGAAUCUUAACAUUUGUCUCCGAUGCGCAUCCAAGAUGGAGGAUGCUGUGGUCAUCUCCAGUGCAAAACCUUUUUUGUUGGUGAGAAAAGAGGGGCAGAGAAUGCCGGAUGCUUUUGAGUCAUAGGAAAUUGCUAUCCCUUGUCAUCGUAUCCUUGAGAUCUGCCAUUUUUUUAAUGGUGUGGAAGAGUUCUGAAAUUGGAGUUUGAGGGGGGAAAAAAAGGUGGGUCUGACUGAAAUACUAAGAUUUAGAAUAUUUUUUCCUCCGGCUUCAAAUUCCAAGGAGGUUUAAAAAAAAAACCCACUGAAAACUGCCACUCCGUGUCCUUAUUCUCCGUAGCUUGUUGCUUUCCACCGUCUCAGGAUGGACGAGCUGCCACCGAGAUCCUUUCUAGGUUCCAAAUGUUCAAUUACACUUCCUUUCUUAAAGCCUGGCUCCUAAGUUCACUGUGGUGCUGACAUUACGUAUUCAACCACUAUUGGGAAAGUCUCUGAAGCUAGCCACCAUCGUGCAAUUGCAGUGACUUUGAACGGUGAUGACAUCUGUCUCCGCAUGCUCUGUGUGACUGGUGCAAAACCACCAUUUUGCAUAUGCUUUGUAUAUCAGGGGCAACGGGGGGGGGGGUUUUAUAGGGAUUUUUUUUUUUGAAGGGUUUUGGGGGUUUGGUUUGGGGUUUUGGAGGGGUUUUACGGGGUUUCUUUUGGGGUUUCUUUCGUUGUUUAGGCGGGAUGGGGACAAGAAAUACUCAGCUUAUGCCACAAAUAAUGUGUAUAAAAUCCCUGAAGUAUUGUGUAUGGGUGAGAGUGCGUAUAUGUGUGUGUCUGGCAACUUAAACCCUCUGUCUUCUGGAAAUUUGUGAAUUUUCCCCUUCUUUCCCUUGCAGAAGCAAUUGUUAGAAAAUCUGUAAAUAAGAGAGCUACAUAAUUGGUUUAACCGUGAACGUGUCGUCACAACAAACCCUAUCCACCUAACUCCUCCCCAAUUCAAAGGAGAGAGAUUUCCAGGGUAGGCAAUAGCCUUCUUAAACAGCGGUGUGGUUUGCAGCAUCUCUUUCUCUGUGGUGUGCAGUUUGAUCUUGGAUAGUCAACGUUUUCGAUAGGGCUUUGAGAUCCAUCCCUAAACCCCCCUCAAUCCGCCUAGAUGCUUUUUGCCGCACCACUUUCUGCCAAGAAGGCGGCAGAAGCGCGGGACCUGCUCAGAUGUAGAAGACUCGAGGCUAAGAAGAUAAUGUCCUCUCCGGCCAACAGCCAUGUCAGCGGACACGUGGUCAGAUCGCGCGGGGUUGGAUGUUCUUGCGAUCCCUGGAGGGUGCCGAAAUCUGCAGCGUGGUACUUAAGGGAGCUAAAAGUUUGAAUGUAACAGUGCUUUAUUUAAAAACGAAAAGAUUCAAAACGGGGUUGAAGUGAACAUGACUUUGUUGACCAUGUUCGUGAAUUAUAGAUGCAACAUGCAUUGGUAGAAUUGUGUGAUGGUUGUUUGUGAUACUUAAUUUUACAUAUUCCAGUCUCUGUAUGUACCUGCAUAGAAAAAAGAAAAACAAACAAACCCUGCUUUGCUUUUAUUGAAGGGUUUCCAGGACCGUGUACCUGCUCCUGAGCUCUGUUUUAAAUAUGUGUAUCCUUUGCUUGUAUUUUGUAUUAAAAAAAUGAGAAAAAAGAACCCUUUAUUGUUGAGCAUGUUGGCAUUGUCUCCCCCCCUUUUUUUUUCUCUUUUUGGAAUAUAUGAAGCAAGUUAUUCUUUUUCUGUAUUUUUUUCUUUUGUAAACUUUUUUUCGGUUUUGUUUAAAAACGGCUUUAUAAAAGGGCUUUUAUAACCCA